GAAUAGAAAAAAGUUGGGCAAAGUCUGUCUCAGCUCCAAUAGCUACCAGACACCCACUCCCUUUAGAGGACCGGACUCUCCCUCUCUCUCUUUUUAUCUCACACACACACACACACACACACACACACACACACACACACACACACACACACACACACACACACACACACACACACACACACACACACACACAUACAUACCCCCCCCCCCACACUCACUCCUGACACAGAGAAGAUAGGACAACUGGAGAGACCAUACACACUUCCUACUCAUCCAGUAACUCACCCAGCCAUCGCCAGACGCUAAGACCAAGAUGUGGACUCUGCUCUUGGGGGUUACCUUUGGAUUACUGGCCUCCUCCAGGUUGGAACCGGCUCAAGCUAUAAUAAAGUCCCGUAGCUGCAGCCAUGCUGGAGUGUUCCACGUGGAGGGAGAAGCUCGCUACUCGUUGACCUUUGGCCUGGCCAAGAAACUGUGUGAAAGCCUGGGCGGCACCAUCGCCAGCAAGGAACAGGUCACCGAGGCCCACGCCCAAGGCCUAGAGACCUGUAGAUAUGGUUGGAUCAGCAACGGAAAUACCACCAUCCUCAGACAGAAGGCCCAUGUUAACUGUGCCAACAACAUGACAGGAGUCUUCUUCCACCAUGACGCUCCGGACCAACCCUUUGAUGCCUUCUGUUUCCAUGCAUCAGAUUUGUCUGUGAAGAACUGUGAUUUGGCCAUCAACCCUGAUUCAACAGGACCAGAGAGUGUUCAGUUGACAGAUAAAGACCUUGCUUUUGAUGCUGCAGGUGAAGCCACAGAGCAGUCUAAGACAGUGGAGGUCCCAGAGGAGAAGACAGACAUCCAGACAUAUUCCCCAGCAGUGGUGGAGGACCAGGACCAGGUACAGCCAGAGGCCACAGAGGCAACCCCAGAGGACAGAGCCAAGCCUGAGGACAGAACCAACACAGAGCCUGACACAGUGGACACCACCUCCGCACCUGAGAAACAGGGAGCCGAGAGCCCCACUGAGGUAGUUGAGAAAGUGGACCCGACCCAACCUGCAUCCACUGAGGCUAGCCCAGAGGAACCAACAUCAGGGGCUGAGGGUGAGGCCUCAGAGGGGGCAGCCACAGAGAUCCCUGACAGGGAGGAAGAGCAGACUGAGGAGGAUGAGACCCAGUCAGCCGGCCACACUGGGGUGCUGGCCACUGAGAUGGAGGACACCACCGGGUCUGGGAUGCUACCGACUGUCACUGAGGAGGGGGCCUCUUCUAUUGCACCACCUGUUGGACAGCCAGGAGAACCACAGGGCUCAGCCAGCGAGGAGAAUGUGCAGGAGGAGGAGGAGGGAGGAGGGGUCCCAGAUCAGCCCAUUCCCAGGGGGAGGAUGAAUCCAGGUGAGGGAGUAGCCCCUACUCCAGCCGGGCAGGAGAAUAGUAGCACACCUGAUUGGCUGAUCAUUGUGGGAGUGGUUGUGGCAGUGGGCGCUAUUCUCCUCGUGUGUGCUGCUGUGGCCAAGCGGAAGAGCUGGUGCGGUCAGCAGCAGACCCUGAUGAUCACCAACAAGGAUGGUAGUGACGGGAAUGGGGCGGCGGUGUCCGUGGCUAGCUCCCGGGCCCAGGAGAGAGAGCAGGAGAUGGUGACCCUGAUGAACAAAGAGAAGAUCCAGGAAAACUGCAACACAGAGGAGUUCACCGUUAUCACACUGGAUGAGUCCCCAGAGAAAGGACAGCUGGCAUGAGAGAGGAGAGGAGAGGAGGAGGACAAGGAGGAGAAGAGAGAGGGUUACAGAAGAAUAGAUAAAGAUGAGUAGCUACGAGGGUGCUGAUACUGGGGCAGGACUAGAGAAGGUCUGACUGGGGGUGGAGAUGGACACUUUGGCCUGCUACCAAGCAGACAGACACAUUGAACAUGCCAGCUGGGGUUGGGUGGGGGAUUUGUAAAUGUAAGGGAUGGUUAAUACUCUAUUGAUUCUGGUGUUGUAUUCUGGGGAGAAUGGCUGGUUUGUCCCACCUUGUUACUAAGGUCCAACAUCGGAAACUGGCCCUGUCCUUUGCCUGUCUCUCAUGUGUGUGUGUGUGUGUGUGUGUGUGUGUGUGUGUGUGUGUGUGUGUGUGUGUGUGCGAGGGUGUGUGUGUGUGUGUUUGUGUAUGCACAGUAUGUACCGUAUGUCAGUGUGGGUGUGAGUUUUUAAAGGUGGGGGGUGGGGGUCUUGGUUUGCCCACCAAGACCAGUAGGAGGUUGAGGUUUAGGUUGAGGGGAAGGACAUUGUUGAUAGUGUGUCACUUAAAGCUUUUGAGGCAUUGAGUUGGAAAAACAGGCGCGCAGAAAUGUGAAAACGAAACAGACGUCGUCAAGUCAUUUGGCUGGAUGUUCAUGGGAUUAAUAUUGUUUAUUAUGGAUGGUUAAAUGUGGGACAUUGUGGCCCACUGAUGUCUAUGCUCUUUAUCAUUCCCCUGUUUUCUUUCAAUAUUACCCUUCUGUAUAUUUCAAUUGUUUCAUGUGGAUUGGGAUUUUGUUUUUUACAAGAAAACACAACGAGAUGCUAGUAUUUUAAUUUAUGCGGUUUUGAUUUUUCUUUCUAUUUUUGUUUCUGUAUAUAAUGUACACGUAUUUUCCAAAUGCCUUAGCAACAGUUGUCAUUCAUCUUUUUUGGCAUGCAAUGCCCUUUAAUGAGUAAAUAAAAGCUGUCAUAUUUCAGAAUUAUUUAAUCAAAUUCAGAACCUAUGGUCUUCAAUUGUGAUAGAACGUUUGCAAUAGUCAGAGUAGAUAUUGUAUGAAUCAACUUCCUGUAUAGUAUUCAAGACUGUGCAUUUUAAAUACCUUUUUUUUAUGAUGUCUAUUAACAUGGUCUGUAUAAAUAAUACAUUCAUGUUGAGUAGCGCACAGGAUUGUAUGGAAUAUCAACAGCUUUCGGAGAAUAGAAGCAAUGGUCAGAUGUGGAUGUUGGAGUACACGUAUCACAUGUACUUACCAUAUAAGUCACCUCAUGCUAUAUUGACAAAAAUGUGCCGUUUACAUUGACCUAGCAUUGUGUAGUAAUGCAUUACACUGUGAUGGAACCUAAUAACUGUUGUUAACGGCCAACAUGAAAAUCAAUGUACAAUCCUGAGGAGUGACUGUGUCCCUCACUGACAAAAUAAUUGAUCUGGCUGGACACACUGACAACAACACAUGAUCUUGACACAGAUAUUACAGUAAUGGGCAGAACAGUAGAACUCCAAGCACAACCCUGGAUUCUACUUCUCUGGGCUCCUUUGUAACAAAGCAGCAGAGGCCAUCAUAUUUCUGUGGCUCUCCCUGUUAUGUGCACCAGAGAGAGGAAGGUUGAUUAAUUCUGGCUUGGAGCUCUGUGUCUCCAUACUGAUCCAGGUCCCAAUGUGCCCAUUGCUCCACACCUCCAUGUGAUUACGUAAUCAUCUUUAUGCUGUCUCUUUCUUUCAUAGGCAAAUCACUUUUAUGUGUGAUUGUCUGUGGAUAUUAUGAAUCCUCCCAUGUCAGUUUGAGAGUACAUUUGUCAUGCCUUUUGAAUAAGCGGCAUGACAAAUGUGUGUCCCAGCUUUUUUGUGUGGCUUUUUGCCUCUGUUUUUGUUCCUCUCUGAUCUUGCUCUCAUUUGAUUCACUUUGAGGAAAAUUUGAAAAUGUAUUAGGGUAGGAGUGUGUAAUGAUGAAUUAAUUAAACAUUGUUAAUGAGAAAAUAUGUGUAAAGUCAUGGAUGAAAUAAAUGUGUAUAGAGGAAA